ACCGAAUCCCAACCACCGGUCGCGGCGCCGAACGCCCGGCAUUAUACAUCGCCCGGCCUGCCCGGCUCUCAUCGCCUCCCAGCUCAGCGCUGCUCGCGACAAGCAGGUGAUCACCUGAGCUGAGCAGGGGCGAGGCCAGCCGAGCAGAGCGGCGUUCCGGGCCGCGGGGACAUGCUGCGGGGGCAGCAGGGGCGUCGGGAAGAAGCCUAGCUAGCUAGGGGGCCAUGUGGGCGCCGUCGCGGGGGUCGUCGUCGGGGAGCGGGCGGCGGACCUGGCGCCGGCGCAUCGCGGACUACCUCGCCGACGACCAGACCGACGCGUCAGACAAUGAGUCGUUCAUCACGGCGCACAGCGACGAGUUCGGCGCGUCCACGUCCGCCGCGGGAGGCGGAGCCGGUGCGGAGGGAAUGCUGCCGGCGUUCCUCGCGGAUCAGAGCGACCUCGUGGAGGUCAUGCUGGAGCUGGACGAGGAGUCCAUGGUGGUGCGCAGCGUCACGCCCACCACCGCCGCGCUCUACGGGCCCACGUCGCUGGCCGGCGGCGGCACUCGCACGCCGGACGGCGCGCGGAGCCUGAGCCGGUGCUCGUCGACGUCAUCGCGGAUACGGAGGAAGUUCGCGUGGCUGCGGUCGCCGUCGCCGUCGCCGUCGCAGCGGCACCCGCCGCCGCCGGCCCCCGCCGCGGCGUCCGACCAGCAGGCGGUGCGGGAGGCGGCGCUGGCGGCGCGCGAGAGGCGGCGCGUCCAGGCGCGGCUGAACCGGUCGCGGUCCGGGGCCCGGCGCGCGCUCAAGGGCCUCCGGUUCAUCAGCCGCACCACGGGGUCCUCCUCCGCCGACGCCGGCGGCGGCGACCUCUGGCGCCGCGUGGAGGAGCGCUUCAACGCGCUCGCGCGCGACGGCCUCCUCGCCCGCGACGAUUUCGGCGACUGCAUCGGGAUGGUGGACUCCAAGGACUUCGCGGUGGGCAUCUUCGACGCGCUGGCGCGGCGGCGGCGGCAGAACCUGGAGCGGAUCAGCAAGGAGGAGCUCUACGACUUCUGGCUCCAAAUCUCCGACCACAGCUUCGACGCGCGCCUCCAAAUCUUCUUCGACAUGGUGGACACCAACGUGGACGGCAGGAUCACGAGGGAGGAAGUGCAAGAGCUGAUCGUCCUGAGCGCGUCGGCGAACAAGCUGUCGAAGCUCAAGGAGCAGGCGGCGGAGUACGCCGCCCUCAUCAUGGAGGAGCUCGAUCCGGAGAACCUCGGCUACAUAGAGCUGUGGCAGCUGGAGGCGCUGCUCCUGCAGCGCGACACGUACAUGACCUACAGCCGGGCGAUGAGCAGCGGCAGCGCGGCGCAGUGGAGCCAGGGCCUCAGCGCCGGCGGCGCGGGCGGGCAGCAGCCGCCGCCGGGGCAGCAGCAGCAGCAGGUUUGCGCGCGGAUGCGGCGGCGGUGGAGCCCGCGGCGCGCGGCGGCGAGGGCGCGCGUGGCGAUGGCGGAGUGCUGGCGCCGCGCGUGGGUGCUGGCGCUGUGGGCGGCCGCGAUGGCGGCGCUGUUCGCGUGGCGGUUUGUGCAGUACCGGCGGUCGGCGGCGUUCCGGGUGAUGGGGUACUGCCUCCCGACGGCCAAGGGCGCCGCCGAGACGCUCAAGCUCAACAUGGCGCUCGUGCUCCUCCCGGUCUGCCGCAACACGCUGACGUGGCUGCGCUCCACCUGGGCGCGCUACUUCGUCCCCUUCGACGACGGCAUCGCCUUCCACAAGAUCAUCGCGACGGCGAUCGCGCUGGGCAUCUGCCUGCACGCCGGGAACCACCUGGCGUGCGACUUCCCGCGGCUGAUCGCGUCGGGGCCCGACGAGUACCGCCUCGUGGCGCGCUUCUUCGGCCGGGACCGGCCCACCUACCGGGGCCUCCUCGCCGGCGCCGAGGGGGUCACGGGGAUCGUCAUGGUCACGCUCAUGGCCGUCUCCUUCACCCUGGCCACACGCCCCUUCCGGAAGCGGGAGGAGAUGGCGGCCAACAAGGGCGGCGGAAGGCGGCGGCUGCGGCUCCCGUUCCCGCUGGGCAUGCACCUCGCCGGGUUCAACGCCUUCUGGUACUCGCACCACCUGCUCAUCGUCGUCUACCUCCUGCUGCUCGUCCACGGCUGGUUCAUGUUCCUCGUCGACAGGUGGUACCAGAGGACGACAUGGAUGUACAUUUCUGUACCGCUGGUGCUUUACGUCGGGGAGCGGACGCUACGUGCCUUCAGAUCCAAGGCGUACGCUGUUAAGAUCCUCAAGGUGUGCCUUCUACCAGGGAACGUCUUGACCAUAACAAUGUCGAAACCCUACGGAUUUCGCUACAGAAGCGGGCAGUACAUAUUUCUCCAGUGUCCAACAAUAUCUCCAUUUGAAUGGCAUCCUUUCUCCAUCACUUCAGCUCCUGGGGAUGACUACAUCAGUGUCCACAUCCAGACCAGGGGAGACUGGACUCAAGAGCUCAAGCGCAUCUUUGUCGAGAACUAUUUCACACCGAGCGUGCCGAGGCGAGCCGCGUUCGGGGAGCUAGGCGUGGCAGAGCAGAAGAGUCCGCCAAGGUUGCUGGUCGAUGGCCCCUAUGGCGCCCCUGCGCAGGAUUUCAGGAACUAUGAUGUGCUACUCCUCGUCGGCCUCGGGAUCGGCGCCACGCCUUUUAUCAGCAUCCUGAGAGAUCUGCUGAACAAUAUCAAGCUUGCUGAUGAGCUGAUGGACCUGGCAAUGGAGACCAGCAGGUCCGAGGACAGUGCCAACAGCUUCGGCGUGUCCACGGCGACCAGCAGCAACAAGAGGCGGGCGUACCGGACAAGCUGCGCGCACUUCUACUGGGUCACAAGGGAGCCGGGAUCAUUCGAGUGGUUCAAGGGGGUGAUGAACGAGGUCGCUGAGAUGGACAAGAAGGGUGUCAUUGAGCUGCACAACUACCUGACAAGCGUGUAUGAGGAGCGUGAUGCAAGGACGACACUACUGUCAAUGGUACAAGCCCUGAACCAUGCCAAGCAUGGUGUAGACAUUGUAUCAGGCACAAGGGUCAGGACACAUUUUGCAAGACCAAACUGGAAAGAAGUCUUCACAAGAAUAGCUUCCAAGCACCCGAAUUCCACAGUUGGGGUGUUUUACUGUGGGAGACCUACACUUGCCAAAGAAUUGAAGAAACUGUCACUUGACAUGAGCCACAGAACAGGAACACGCUUUGAUUUUCAUAAGGAGUACUUCUGAUAGAGAAUGCACUCCUGAAUUUCAUAGUAGUAGUAGAUACCGAUAAAACAGCCACGAAUUUUGCAUAGAUGCAAACUGACCCUCUUCACCAUAUGUAAAUGUAGAUAGUAUAAGGCAGAGGGUAGUUAGAAGCAUUUUUCUUAACAAAAUGAGAGGGUAAAAAACUAAAUAUAUGCCGUGGUGUUCUCAGACAGAGACAGGCAUUGGUUACUACAGGUAUACAUGUAUAGCUCAUAGCUACUCAUUGUAUGCUAAGCAUACAAGAGACUGAGGCCACCAAUCUGAAUGUAUAUCAUUCAAUUAGUUGUUCAUGGUUACUUUA